AUGAUUGCUCGUUCUACAUUUUUGAAAAUAGCCUUAUCUGGAAUAUUUUUUUUCGGUAUUGGUGUUGUCGCACUAAAUUUUAUAUCGUAUAGUAAACGGCAAGAUAAUUUUCAGCCACCGGAUGAUGCAAAUGCUCAUUUCUCAUCCAAAGAUCGAGAUAUGAAUCAGAUUAAAUCAGAUCUCGAAUCAAAUAAUAAACCAGAGACAAAACUAGGGACAAUACCAGAAUUCUCGGUUAACGGAAGGACAAUACAAUUAGGACAAACGAAAGAUCAAAAUGUAUUUGUUCGAGAUUGUGGGAAAAGUCCUUAUAGCGUAUUACUCUUACAUGGACAAUCAUUUACUUCAAAAAAUUGGAAAGAUAUUGGAACAAUACAAUAUCUAUGUUCAUGGGGGUACAAGGCUAUUGCGGUUGAUCUUCCAGGUUAUGGAAAUUCCUCGUUGCCUGUUAUUGAAGAAAAAUUUGUUGUGCAAUGGUUCACAAAAUUAAUUCGUACUCUACGUUUAUCACAUACUGUUGUAGUUAGCCCAUCAAUGAGUGGUCGUUUUACUAUUCCUUAUAUCAUGGACAGUGAAAAAUCGUUGAAACCUAUAUUAGAUGGGUUUGUCCCAAUCUCUCCAGUUUAUACAGAAAAAUACAGCAAAACGGACUUUACACAUGUCACUAUUCCAACAUUGAUUGUUUAUGGAGAAAAUGAUACUAAAUUUCAAUCAGCGAUAGACACCUUAAAACUCAUACCUAAUAACACAUUGUUGACAAUUAAAAAUGCAUCACAUGCUUGUUACAUUGAUCGACCAAAUGACUUUCAUAAUGGACUACGCCAAUUUCUCUAUUCAAUUUACCGUCCACACAUGAUACAGCAGAAACUUAAUCGUCGAUUAUCGUCCUCGCUAGCAUCAAUACCUUUAAAAAGGAAAAAACUGAAAAUAAAUGACUAA